AUGUGUACAGUGCCUUGCGAAGGCCUACUCCACCUGCAGCAACAGGAGGAAAUCCUGUGUGAGAGGGAUUUCCUGGAGGCCAAAAAGCUGCUCCGAGCCCGAGAGACUCCUCUGAAGGAGGUGCUCAGCUUCUGGACUGAGCUCGUGAAAAAGAGGAGAGAGGAGGAGGCCCCAGGCCCCUCAGACUCUGAGGUGGAGGUCCACAGCAUCUUCCUUCACACUGUCAGCUUCCUGCUACACAGCCGCUGUCUACAGUUGGCGGAGCGUGCCUUGGCCUUGGAGCUGCAGUCCUCAGGCCUCUCUGAGAUCUACCUCCUCCACCUGGGCCACCUGCAUCUGCUCCGACACGACUGCAGCAGUGCCCUGGUCAUCCUGGAGGAGGCGCUGUGUCGGAAUCCACAGAGCGCUGAGGCCUGGGCUCUGAAAGGACACUGCCUGUUCCUGCAGGGCUCCAUCAGCGCUGCUCAGCACAGCUACGAGCGCAGCCUGAGUCUCCAGCCUCAGCCUCAACAGCUGGUCCGGCUCCGGCUCGGCUCCAUCUACCUUCAGAACAGACAGUUUGAACAAGGUGCACAGGUUUUCCUGGAGGCCUGUGAGCAGAACCCCUCCCCCCUGUCCUGGCUGGGUCUGGGAGUCGCCUGUUACCGGUUAGGGGAGCUGGCUCUGGCUGAAUCUACCCUGACUGAGGCCAACGUUCUGGAUCCUCAGAGUGCCUCAGUGUGGGCCCACCGCUCCCUCAUCUGCCUCAAGUCUGGUCGACUUAAAGAAGCUGUGAAGUGUUUUAAAAACUCAGAGAAGUUUGGUCUCCGUGACGACGCUCUGCACAGAGAGUUCACAGAGAUGCACGAGCAAAUGCGCAAUGGCUCCCAGGAAGUGCAUUAUGGGUAG